GCCAUCAACACGGAGCAGCUCCAGAGCGGCAAGACGGAGAUCACGGAGCUGCGACGCACCAUCCAGAGCCUGGAGAUCGACCUGCAGUCCCAGCUCAGCACGAAAGCGGCGCUCGAGGGCACCUUGGCCGACACAGAAGCCCGCUACGGCACCCAGCUGGCCCAGCUCCAGGUCCUGAUCACCAGCGUGGAGGAGCAGCUGGCCGAGCUGCGCUGCGACAUGGAGCGCCAGAACCACGAGUACAGGGUCCUGCUGGACGUCAAAACCCGCCUGGAGCAGGAGAUCGCCACGUACCGCCGGCUCCUGGAGGGCGAGGACGCCCACAUGUCUUCCCACUACAUCUCGCAGCCUGUGAAAGAAGGACCUGUAACCACCCGCCAAAUCCGCACAAUCUUUGAGGAGGUGCAGGACGGGAAGGUGAUCUCCUCCCGCGAGCAGAUCACCCAGGCUGCCCACUGA